UGUUGUUCUGUUGGUUCGGGGUGCGGCAAGGAUCCGCAGAUCAGCCGGCCAUGGCCCUGGCAAUGUGUGGGAUUCUCACUUGAGAUGGAGUACAACCAGUGGCUGUCAGGCCUGAGCGCCAUCAGCGCGCUGCUGGCCAUGGCGCUGAGCAUCGGCGGCCUCUUGACUCCCUGGUGGGUCAGCUCCCAGCCUGCGGUGCUGGCGCCCAUCGUGACGGUGGUGUCAUUGUGGACUGCCAAUACUAGGUGGACUUUGCGGAUGGAUGGACGUGGAGUCGAGACGCACACAGGUUGCGACUACAAGUGCAACCAGGCGCGCUACACGAAACCACGGGUCUACUCCAAGUGCCAAACCUGGGAAGACAUGCGAGACUGGGCUCCCCAGCUCUGCAGCGUGGGAGUGGGCAGCCGCGCAGAGUUCUUGGUCACCACCACCACACGCGCGCCAACUGCUUACGAUGAGGACGGCUACGUUGAUGGACAGUAUACGGGUGGUGAGUACAACUUUGAGAAGGAGAGCAACCCGAACGUGUUUGUGAAGAACCCGAACUCGGACAAGCAGGGUCCGCCGGUGCCACCCAAUACCCAGCAGAUUUCAACCUACAAACCCUACGAGUUCGGAGCGCCCACCACAACUGUCACGCCCUUCUUUACUCGCACCUCCACCAGCUUCACGACCACCCAAGUUGGCUUCGGCACAACGGAGAUGACACCGGUGCCUUUGGAGACGACGCCCAUCCUGGGGGCGGUGUGGUGUGAGCAGCCCACGUGGCAGGAAAGAGCUACAGCGCCCUAUACCGACUGGGAGCUGAACUUCCAGUUGAACCCUGAGAUCCUUGAGCGCAUCUACGCGCAGCUCUACCACUUCUUCUCGCGGGUGCCGACCUUCCUUUUCACGCAGCGGCCUCUGAGACACGAGCAGGUGCGGUUGGUUUGGGAGGCCUACGUUCACCGGUCCCCAGUCACCAAGUGGCUAGGGCAAUGGCCAUGCCCUUCGGUGCCUGCACGAGACUUGCACGACUACAUCUACGGGAGCUCUGUGGAUUCUUUCGUGGUGCUGCUGGGGGAGCAGGGCUUGAUGCCUCCCAAGGUGAAGCCUGUGGAGUGGACUGAUUGGGCUCUCAAGGAGGCUUGGGACUUGGAGCUGCUGGAGCUCACCACCACCACCCUCCAAAACGUCCCCAUGUUGGAGGCGAUCACCUCUGCGCGUGUUGAAUACACCUCCCCCGAGCCGACGGAAGCGCCUACAGCGCCGCCCGAGGUCGAGGCCUACCCCGCGGACGUGACCUCCUUCGUGGCUUGCCAUUUGGCGCAGUACGAUCCGCAGCGUGAUCCGGACGCUCCCUUCGCCUGGUAUGAGAAGCAGAACCCCUGCACCAUCGCUGGCAACUUGGAGAAGGUCUGGAUCGUCAAAGGCUGCCUGGUCUUCGCGAUCCUCAUCUCCAUGGCGCACAGCUUCCCUGCCACGGUGCUCUUCGUAGGGUCUAAGCAGAGGUUUGCCUGGCGCUUCCCAUUGAGCAUCGGCAUGUACAUGGCAUUGGGCACCUUUUUCUUCCAAGCCGUUGCGGUCAUAAGCGCAGCCACGCUAGUUGUUCAGACCAGUCUCAACGGCCCUGGCUUUUGGUGCCUUACCUUCGGCUUGAUGAGCAGCUUGGUGGCGGCGGCUUCUGCGAAAAUGGCACAGGUGGCCUUGACCUCUGAGGAGCCAGAGGGUCCGAAGGGUCCGUCGGUGGCAUUUGGCAACCUGGCGGUGGACGCUUGGUCCCGGCAGAGUGCAGCUCAAGUGGCCUGGGACGCGCCCAAGAAGCCGGUGUCUUUGCGUCGUGUAUAUCCACAGGCCUGAGGUCAGUGAGCGCGAAAGCUCCUCGAUAGCGCGCGCGGACGUGAGGUGAUCUAGCCAGGGCCAAGCAAAAGGUCGUGAGAGAUUUUGAACCAC